UGCAAUCCGAGCCCAAGCCCGCCUGAGCUGCUGUACCGCUCUUGUUUACAGAAGCUACCUGCCCACGACACAAGGUGGGUUUUGUCAACGCGUGUGUCAAUGUUUUGACUUAAAACUUUAGUAACUGCAGCAAUUCAUAUUCUUGGUUCUUUCGGUGAAGUCACGGAGAUAGCAAAUUUAUUAAAAAUAACAGAUAAUAAAAUGAAUAAAAGUAAACAAAAUUGUAAAUAAAUAAAUAACAACCACGACGUUUCGAUCGCAACACAAGUGGCAUUUAUUUGAUGUUAUUAUCUGUUGUUAUUGUCUAUCUACGUGACUUUACCGAAAGAACCAAGAAUACGUGUGGAAAUGUGUAUCGGUCAAAGACGCUGCACGCGUGCUGAUGUUGACUCUAAAUGUGGAGGGGAAACCCGGGAGAUUCGGAGGAAAAUCCACGCGACCACGGAGAGAGAGACACGCAAACUCCAAAUAUACAGCAGCAGCAGCAGGCGUCAGGGUCGGGAUCGAACCCACGACUUCCUGUAUACCAGGCGAGGUAGUUAACAUCUCACCACGGAGAGAGAGAGACACGCAAACUCCAAAUAUACAGCAGCAGCAGGCGUCAGGGUCGGGAUCGAACCCACGACCUCCUGUAUACCAGGCAAGGUAGUUAACAUCUCACCACGGAGAUACGAGGGCUUCCAGGCAUAUUUAUGACCAUUUGCCCUCUCAUUGUGUGCAAUAACAGCCUGUGUGAUGAAUUUGGGAAACUUUUUCACUACAUCAUGAAUAUAUGAAUAAGUAUAGACGUGUAAGUCACGUGUGACUGUGUUUUUGCAUUCAUCUGUGCCUCGAUACUGACAUGUAGAUGGUGUGGAUAUUCUUUUUUUCUGUCUGUAGCUGACGCUUCCUCUGACGCUUCCUCUGCAGAAUUGGUCUGAUGGAGCAAAGGCGCUCAGCACAGCUCGGUACAGCAAGGCAACAAUGCGACCAGCGUGGAUACAGCAUGGAUCGCACUGGAAAUUUGACACAGCACCAGAGAACACACACAGGAGAGAAACCCUUCAAGUGCAGUGUGUGUGGGAAGGCCUUUGCAUGGCCAUCUGCUCUUAAACGACACCAGAGAACACACACGGGAGAGAAACCCUUCAAGUGCAGUGUGUGUGGGAAGGCAUUUUCAAAGUCAUCUUCUCUUAAAAAACACCAGAGAACACACACGGGAGAGAAACCCUUCAAGUGCAGUGUGUGUGGGAAGGCAUUUUCACAGUCAUCUUCUCUUAAAAAACACCAGAGAACACACACGGGAGAGAAACCCUUCAGGUGCAGUGUGUGUGGGAAGGCAUUUUCACAGUCAUCUUCUCUGAUCAUACACCAGAGAACACACACGGGAGAGAAACCCUUCAAGUGCAUUCUGUGCGGGAAGGCGUUUACACAGUCACCACAUCUUCAAAGACACGAGAUAAUCCACACGGGAGAGAAACCCUUCAAGUGCACUGUGUGUGGGAAGGCGUUUGCACUGUCAUCUUCUCUUAUAACACACCAGAGAACACACACAGGAGAGAAACCCUUCAAGUGCACUGUGUGUGGGAAGGCGUUUGCACAAUCAGUAAUCAUCUUCAAGCACACCAGAGAACACACACGGGAGAGAAACCCUUCAAGUGCAUUCUGUGCGGGAAGGCGUUUGCACAUUCAUCAAAUCUUCAAGUACACCAGAGAACAUACAAGCAUCACAAGAUCCACCAGGAGUGGAGUCUGAAAUCAGCUUGUGAAAGUCAAAGUGCUGCAAUGAGCCCAUCCCUCAUGAAACAAGAACCAGAAGAAAUUCCCAGCUUGGACACUUUGAAAGGUAUCGAGGUGGAAUAUGAAGAGGUGAUGGUGGAAUAUGAAGAGGUGAUGGUGAAGAGCGAAGAAGUGAAGGUAAAAUGUGAAGAUGAAGAUUCAACUCCAAAAUGGGACCUUCACAUCGAUGGAGGCAACGUGAAGCAGGAGGAGAAUUCUGACUGUGAGGCAGAGCGAGGCAACUCCCAGCAUUUUGUGGAGGUGGAGGUGUGGGUGGAUUUCCUCCGAGACAAUACAAAGUCAAAUGGAGACCCGGUAGAUGUGUAAGCCUGAGACGAUGUCGCUCCAAUAGAUGGACCUUUGUCACAGGCCUUUAAUGACAAGAAUGUGAAGUUGAACACUCAGUUCCUAGGUUCAACCUGCAGGGUAAGAGCGGCCAGUCUUUGUGGCCCUGUGUGUUGGGUAGAUCUCUAACCAGGAGCGAGAGCCAAUAAGCUCCCAAGCAUUCACUCUGUUCUCAUAAUUGCAUUUACAUGGUGCUUGCUUAAUCGCCUCGGCAACUCUGAGUUUUGCAUCGUAUCUCUUCUCAAACACUCGAAACAUCCCCAAGUGGCAGCUGCCCCUGUGUGGCACAAGGUGGUGGCCCUGCACCGGCCUGCGUGUGGACAAGAGCCUGUCAGUAGGGGGCGAUGGUUGAUGUGGCAUCUCAUUUGUGGAGUUUGUAGGUAAUGUUUAGAAUUUGCUACAUUUUGACCCAGACGCCAACAUGCAAUGGCCUACUCGUUUUGAAUGACACAAUUGUAUGUUUCACAUCCACUGUUCAGUAGAGGGUGCAUUCUUUAAAUAGCUCCUUGUUAAUAAGAUGUUAUCUAAACUAAAUUGUUCAAUUUUGGAAGAACGUAAUCAACCAGGUAGGGUGUUGACUGUUGUGUUGGCUGACUCUGUGUUGUGUUGCAUUAUAUUUCUAAGUUCACUAUGUUUUCUCAUUCACUUGUUGCACCUGAUGAUGGUUGCUUGUGUUCCAAUCGAAAUGUCGUAUUCUGUUAUUUAAUUUCUUUUUCCAUGACUUUACCGAUGCAGUAAGUUUCACUGCAGUUAUUCAAUGUCAAUAUGCCUGUCAGUAGUUUAGAAUGAAUACUUUUCUGAUUGUGCGCAUACAUUGAACAUUUUGUCUGAGGGUCAAACAUCGAAUAAGCGAUGUUGGGACAAAGUGUGUGUUUGUGUUUGUAAGUAGCCUGUAGAGAUUACUCAGGUGAGACCCGUUAUUCUUGUGGUACAGGUCAAGGGUACUUUUGUGUUUCAAGGAAGUAUCUGCCUCUGGAGUAGGGAGCAUGCAAUAGGGAGCACGCUCGGAUCAUCCGUCAGUUACAAGGCGUACCGCUUAAACGCUACACGUAGAGGAGAUACAUUCUCUACAACACGAAUUAUAAUUUUGUAUUACGUGAUGACAGAGACUUUGUCAAACUAGGACGAGAAAUGUUCCUUGUUGAUUCACGUCUGGAGGUUCAUAACCGUGGGUUGAAGCGAGCCCGGCUGCUGUUGAGACGCUGUCCACCAAUAAGGGUCCAUAGGUGGCUUGCACUGAAUCAAUGAUGCACUCCCAGAAGGCCAUGAUGGUUAUAGUUUAAAACAUUCCUUUGUUUCGUGGAGAGAUGGAUAAAUGAAAUAUGUAAAGUCUGAAUUGUUUCAUAGCAAGGAGGUAAUUUUAAGAGCACAUUUAAAAUGCAUUUUUUUACAAUUUUGUGUUCAGUUACAAGGCAGAGCACAUCGAGUAGAUACAUUCUACCCAACGCUAAUUAGGAUUUUGUAUGACGUCUUAUGUUGGUGAACUAGGACAAGAAAUGUUCCUUGCUGAUUAACGUCUGGAUGUUGACAACCGUGGGUUGAAGCGAGCCCUGACUGCUGUUGAGACAUCGUGCACAAGAACCGGUCCACAGCUGCCUCGCACUGAGUCACUGCUGCAGUAGUCAUGGACUCGCACAAGGCCGUGGGAUUUAUAUUUUGUGUAAAACUCAUUGACAUGUAAGUUUUGUCUCUAACACCUCCCUCUCGCUGCCUCCGCCCCCCUCUGUCUAUUUAAGGCCACCCCACAGAGACGAUCACCCCUCUCUGUGCCUGUGUUGCCCGCUCUGUGUAUCUUGGUGAUAUUUGUCUGCUUAUAUGUCUGUCUAUAAUUUUUUCUGGUUAGAUUUUGUCGCUAUUUCAUUAUACCUGAUGAUGAUUGCUUGUGUUGCAAUCGAAACGUCGUAUGCUAUUAUUUAAUUUAUUAUUUUUUCUUUAUACGUCACUUUCCCGAAAGAACCAAAGAAUAAUUCCUGCAGUCACGAAAGCUCCAAAGUUAAGUUUGUGUUUAACGUUCCUUUGUUUCUUGGAGAGACCGAUUAAAUGAAAGACGUCUUGUCUGCUGAUCUUGUUCAUGUCUGUGUACAUCGAUGUCCCACAUUGCUUACACUACACACCACACAGUAAAAUAGAAACUAGAACGACUUGCGGGGAUGUGCAAAGAUCGAUGAAUCUCUGUCAAUGGAGCGAGUUGAGCAUGUUCGAUUCCACGUCUCUGUCCGUCUGUGUCUCUGUUCGCCUCUGUGUGUGUCUCUCUGCCUGUCUCAGCGCUGUGGCGAGCGCGAGGCUUUGACCUGAUCGCACAGAUGUCGUGAAAGUCUCGUCGCUUGGACGCCGAGGUGCCGUGCCCUGCACGGCCAGGAGAGGGCGCUAGAGCGAGCGUGGACUCCUGACAGUGUCCGUGUGUGUGAGUGUGUGUGUCUGUGUGAGUGUCCGUGUGUGUGGCGUAGAUCGGUGACCCCCCCCUCGCACCACUCCCAAAUGUAAACGCUCGUGACGGUGUGCAGGACGUGGGUUCGAAUCCCGAUCCUGACGCCCGUAGAGUUGGAGUUUGUCAGCUCUCCCCACCACCACCACCCCCCCCACCACCCCCACCACAACCCCCAUCACCACCACCACCCCCACCA